CAAUAGAUGUUUGCGGUCUACAAUGUGAGGAUGCUGAGAUUGGUAAGGACGACAGCAUCUCCAAGGCCGCGUCGACCAAACGAUGUCUCGUAUUUUGCUCAGGCGCAAUCAAUAUCUCACUUUCGAGUACUUGAACAUAUUGUCCCGGCACAACAUACGAGACAUUGGCCCAGGGGUACGGAGAUUGGUUACGAAAACUCCCUAAAGCUGGCAGUCAAGCAAUAUGUCCCUCUUAGAAACCCGAACCCUAGCCCUGGCGACAUCACUUUCAUAGCCGCCCAUGCCAAUGGCUUUCCCAAGGAAUUGUAUGGACCUCUAUUCGAGGAUCUCUACGAGGAACUGAGUAAGCUUGGUCGAAAGAUACGCGCCAUCUGGAUUGCAGAUAUUGUCCAUCAGGGCCAGAGCGGCGUCCUCAAUGAAAACGCUCUUGGGAACGACCCAAAUUGGUGGGAUUUCGCUAGGGAUUUACUCUUUUUGAUCAAUCAAAAACAACAGGAGAUGCCUCAGCCUCUUGUCGGAAUAGGACACUCAAUGGGAGGCUCACAAUUAACCCAGCUUGCUUUGUUGCAUCCGGGGUUACUGAAGGCUCUCAUCUUGAUCGACCCCGUCAUCCAAACGGAGAACCCGAGCAAGUCGUUUGCCAAAGCUUCGACUUAUCGUCGUGAUCUUUGGCCCUCGAGAGAGCAAGCGGCACAGAUCAUGGCCGAGAGCAAAUUCUACCAAGCAUGGGAUUCACGAGCUCUUUCUCAAUGGAUCAAAUACGGAUUGAGGGAUUUGCCUACAGCGCUUUACCCUCAGCGUGGAGACGGCGAGAACCCACCUGUCACACUGACGACGACAAAAGCACAAGAGGUGUUUUCAUACCUAAGGCCGAAAUAUUAUGGCCAAAAUGGGCUUGCGCCUGAAGAGGAUCGCAGUGUCUAUGGAGAUAUUCAUCCCGAUGACGUGGAGAGAGAAUAUCCAUUCUAUCGACCUGAACCUUCGGAGAUAUUCAGGCGACUACCUGAAGUUAAGCCACCGGUUCUGUAUAUCUUUGGGAAGUCCUCAGAACUUGCCACACCAGAACUGAGAAGAAAGAAAAUGGAAACCACGGGUGCUGGGAUUGGAGGAAGCGGAGGACAAAAAGUCGGUCGGGUCAAAGAAGUCGUUCUUGAUAGCGGUCAUCUAGUACCUAUGGAAAAGGUCACGCAAUGUGCAUCUGCGGCUGCUUCCUUUGUAGACGAAGAAAUGUCUCGAUUGCAAGAGAUAACUGAGGCAUGGCAGCGGCGGUGGCUACAAAAAUCUCGACAGGAGCGGAUCAGUUUAGACGACCAAUGGAAGGAAAUGAUAGGACCAAAGAGGUAG